GGCCUAGGCUGCGGCAGAGGAGGACGUGACCCUGCGGUAUGUUCAGUCUGCAGGCCGACCCCAGGGGACUGUUGGCUGAUUCUCUUUCUCCUGGCCCAGGCUGACAGCGGCGGCAGCCCUCAUGGCCGGUCCGCUGUGGCGGGCCGCCACACUUGCGCACAGACAUAGGACCGGCCUGUUGGUGGGUUCCUGUGCAGGCCUGUUCGGGGCCCAGAUCUCCCACCACCUCGUCCCGGACCCUGUGAUGCGAUGGCUGUACCAGUACUGGCCUCGGGGCCAGCCCGCCCCGCUCUCCCCAGAGCUGCGGGGGCUCUUCCAAGAGGUGCUGCAGGACAUCGGUGUCCCUUCCGGCCACCGCUGCGAGGCUUUCACCACGUUCACCUUCCAGCCUGUGAGUGCUGGCUUCCCGCGACUCCCCGCGGGGGCCGUAGUGGGCAUCCCAGCCACCUUCCUGGGUGGCACGUUGAUCAACACCGAUCACCCAGUGGUGGUACACGGGCACAGAGUGAACUGGCAGAGCCCAGCAGGCGCCCGGCUCAGAGACGCCCUGACCCUGUCCCGUGACGCCCAGAAAUUUGCCUUGGCCAAGGAAGUGGUGUACGUGGAGAGCGGUGCAGCUGCCCUCCAGGCCCUGCCGGCCCCAGCCUGCCUGGCGGGAACCUGGGCCCUGGGUGUGGGUGCCAAGCAUGCCCUGGGGCUCUACGGAGGCCCCAUGAAUUUGCGGGCUGCCUUCAACCUGCUGGCGGCAGUGGCGGGCUUUGUGGCCUACGCCUUCUCCGCGGACUCGCUCACUCAUGCCCUGGAAGCCUGGCUGGACCGCCGCGCAGCUGCCCUAUCUGCAGCCUAUGCCCGGGGCGGGGUGGAGUUCUAUGAGAAGAUUUUGUCGGGCAACGUAGCCGUGCGCAGUCUCUUGGGCGGUCGUGGAGAGAAGCUGUAUACGCCCAGCGGGAACAUCGUCCCCAGACACUGGUUCCGCAUCAAACACCUACCCUACACGGCCCGCCGGGACCGUGUGCUGCAGAUGUGGAGGGCAGCACUCAACCCGAGCCGCUCCUGAGAGACUCCUCGCAAGGACAGAGGCGGCUCACGCAGGCGCCACCCUGCCGUUGACUCGGGGGGCUCUUGGUGCCUCUGGACCCACAGCCCAGUGUCAGAUGAAUCAGAGACUCUGGAAUGGAACGGCCUAGAUUCUACCCCGGUCCAUGAUCCCAGUGACCUUGGGCAAGUCCCUUUUGAAUCUGAGCCUUGGGUUCCUCAGCUGUAAAAUGGGGGUGUUGUAAAUUACCUGGCAGGAAUUGGGGGUUGUGUGAGCUAUGGACAAAAGGGCCUGGCCAAGAGGACAGGCCGUAAAUAAAUGGGAUGUCCCUC